AUGAGGGAGAUCGUGCACCUGCAGGCCGGCCAGUGCGGCAACCAGAUCGGCGCCAAGUUCUGGGAAGUGAUCAGCGACGAGCACGGCAUCGACCCCACCGGCACCUACCACGGGGACAGCGACCUGCAGCUCGAGAGGAUCAACGUCUACUACAACGAGGCCUCGGGUGGCAAGUAUGUCCCCCGAGCCAUCCUCGUGGACCUGGAGCCGGGCACCAUGGACUCCGUGCGCUCGGGACCCUUCGGGCAGAUCUUCAGGCCAGACAACUUCGUCUUCGGUCAGAGUGGCGCUGGAAACAACUGGGCCAAGGGUCACUACACAGAGGGUGCUGAACUUGUGGACUCUGUCAUGGAUGUGGUGCGCAAGGAGUCUGAGAGCUGUGACUGCCUCCAAGGCUUCCAGCUGACCCAUUCCUUGGGCGGUGGCACUGGCUCUGGCAUGGGCACCCUCCUAAUCAGCAAGAUCCGAGAAGAAUACCCUGACCGCAUCAUGAACACCUUCAGUGUGGUGCCGUCCCCAAAGGUAUCGGACACUGUUGUGGAGCCUUAUAACGCAACAUUGUCCGUCCACCAGCUUGUAGAGAACACAGAUGAAACCUUCUGUAUUGACAACGAGGCGCUCUACGACAUCUGCUUCAGGACCCUUAAACUGACAACCCCAACUUACGGCGAUCUCAACCACCUGGUUUCUGCCACAAUGAGUGGUGUCACCACCUGUCUACGCUUCCCUGGACAGCUCAAUGCAGAUCUCCGUAAGCUGGCAGUCAAUAUGGUGCCCUUCCCUCGUCUGCAUUUCUUCAUGCCCGGCUUUGCCCCUCUGACCAGCCGUGGCAGUCAGCAGUACCGUGCUCUGACAGUGCCAGAGCUUACACAGCAGAUGUUCGACUCCAAGAACAUGAUGGCAGCCUGUGACCCACGACAUGGCCGUUACCUCACUGUCGCAGCCAUCUUCCGUGGUCGCAUGUCCAUGAAGGAAGUAGAUGAGCAGAUGCUCAAUGUUCAAAACAAGAACAGCAGCUACUUUGUGGAGUGGAUCCCAAACAACGUGAAGACGGCAGUGUGUGACAUUCCACCUCGUGGUCUUAAGAUGGCCGCCACCUUCAUUGGAAACAGCACUGCUAUUCAAGAGCUCUUCAAGCGCAUUUCUGAGCAGUUCACUGCCAUGUUCCGCCGUAAGGCCUUCCUCCAUUGGUACACUGGUGAGGGCAUGGACGAGAUGGAAUUCACUGAGGCAGAGAGCAACAUGAAUGACCUGGUGUCGGAGUACCAGCAGUACCAGGAUGCCACAGCAGAAGAGGGAGAGUUUGAAGAAGAGGCAGAGGAGGAAGUCGCAUAA